UUUUCAUUUCAUUUCCUUAGCACACGUGUGGAAAUUAAGAUAUGGCAGCAGCAGAAGAGCCAAGCUCUUUGCAGUAUACGCCGACUUGGAUAGUUGCUGUCGUUUGUUUUCUCAUUGUUCUCAUAUCUCUUAUCGCUGAACGAGGUCUUCAUCACCUUGGAAAGUUCUUGAAGCAUAAAAAUCAAGAUGCAUUGAACGAAGCAUUGCAGAAACUGAAAGAAGAACUGAUGUUAUUAGGGUUCAUCUCCCUUCUACUGACCGUCUUUCAAGGUCUAAUAAGUAAAAUGUGCGUCCCUGAUUCUUUCGUGUCAACCGUUCUUCUUCCAUGCAAGCCGCCUAGUGAAGGCAGACCUCAUAAAGAAUAUUCUCUUCAUGCAAUAAACAACAGACGGCGCCUGUUCUCGACGGAGACCACCUUAGAGCAUUGCUCUAAGGGAAAGGUCCCUUUAUUGUCACUGGAAGCAUUGCAUCAGCUACACAUCUUCAUCUUUGUAUUGGCAGUUGUUCAUGUAAUAUAUUGUGUCAUUACGAUGGUUCUUGGAGGAGCAAGGAUAAAACAAUGGAAACAAUGGGAAGACUGGAUUCAUGAGAAUAGAAGUGAGGAUACACUUCAGCGCCAUUCGUUUAUGACGCAACAUGCGAAAGGAGGUUGGAAAAAGACGCAUAUGGUGACAUGGAUCAGGUCAUUUUUCAAGCAGUUUUACAACUCUGUUACCAAGUCAGAGUACAUAGCACUUCGAGAAGGGUUUAUCAUGGCUCAUAUCCCAAGCGAUCCUGAAUUUGAUUUCCACAAAUACAUGAUGCGAACCCUCGAAGUGGACUUCAAAAAAGUUGUCGGCAUAAGUUGGUACCUGUGGCUAUUUGUGGUGAUGUUUUUGCUAUUUAAUGUGAAAGGAUGGCAUAUGUAUUUUUGGCUAUCGUUUCUCCCUGUUGUUCUUCUGCUUGUUGUGGGCGGUAAACUAGAGCAUGUAAUCAUUCGAUUAGCUCAGGAUGUGGGUGAAAUGAAGGACAAAGGUGAAGCAGCACGAGUUAAACCUUCUGACGAGCAUUUUUGGUUUAAAAGGCCUGCUAUCAUUCUUCACUUGAUUCACUUCAUCUUGUUUCAAAACGCAUUCGAACUGGCUUUCUUCUUCUGGAUCUUGAGCACGUAUGGAUUCCGGUCAUGCAUCAUGGAAAAGGUCGGGUUUAUCGUCCCUAGACUUAUAAUGGGCGUGAUCGUUCAAGUUUUGUGUAGCUACAUCACCUUGCCUUUGUAUGUUCUAGUUACACAGAUGGGUAGCAAAUUCAAGGAAGGGAUGUUUGGAGAGCAGACUCAGACUAAAAUAGAGGAUUGGCUUUCAAGAGGCAAAGAUCAAGCGAGUAAGAGGGACUCAUCUGUUUCUGGUGCAAGACAGACUGAUAGGAUGGAAAAAGAAGCAUAUGAAAGCAUACAAAUUAUAGAGCAAGAUGCAAUGUGUAGUGUUGUAGAAACACUACAAAACUGAUAACUGAGUUGUAGUGUGUACAAGA